AUGGCUCUAAACCUCCACUACCAUGGACCCCUCUCUCAAUAUGCACUCCUGUUACCCCUUCUCUGUGCCACUGUUCACGGGCAACCUCUCAAGCCCCGCUUCGUACCCAUUCCGCCGUCAACCUAUGUCCACGGGGCAAAGAUUGCCACAAAACUCAUAAUCCUCAUCGUCAUUACCGUUACCGUCGCGACAAUGUUUGCCGCGCUCGCUUGCUAUUGCUACUGCAAGCGACGGAAGACCCGAGCAAGGAAAAGAAGGCUGGAGAAGGAGAGAAGGGAAUCGAAACAAUUGAGACCUCGGAUCAAUGGCCGAAAUGCGAAGUUCUUCGCACCUGGCUUGGUGGAUGUUGAAUUAGACAAAUGGAAACGGCCGCAUGUUGAAGUUAAUGAAGUGAGGAGACCGGGGAAAGCGUGGUUAGGCAGCCGAUGGGCGAGACGGUUCCAUUAG